AUGUAUAAAAUUAUUUUAUUCCCGUUGAUUUGCAUGAGCUUGGCAUCUAGACAUAUUAAGGAGAAGUUAGAGAACGACGCUUUGAACUAUGUAGCUAAAUACAACAUCUCAAGUCGUCCCACAACCACAGGUAGGUCGUUGAAGGGUGAAAUGGUGGUAGAGAAAUUCGUUGACACUCUGAUGGCGAGUGAGAGAUACUUGAAGAUGGUGGAAACUGUAGAGAAGAAGAUAAGUCACCUGGACGCGACGUUUCACGACCGGUCCAACAGUAUUUUGAAGUAUUUAGCGGAGGUGCUGCGUGUUGUCAAGUCACCACCUGGAGUUAUGAUGGAGGAAACCCUGAGAUCCUUAAAACUGGAUUUGGAGAGAAUUAAGCAAUCGGUCGCUGAGAAGUUGCAGAAUGUACCGACAAUGCGAGGUAAGACAUUAUUAUCGUCACUCUUUUAA